UUUGGCUCGAAAGGGGAGGGCUGAGUGCCCGAGGCCCCCGUCAACUGCGGAAUGGCAGGGGCUGCCGCUGCUGUUCAUCAUGUGACGACAACAAAGGACGUCUCCAAAACUGUGACUCCAGAUCCCAAAGGGACUGCGGAGCAAGUUGAGGAUGCGGUGAAGCCGAUCAAAUCCGUAGACAAAAUAGGCAGUGAGAAAUCAGUGACAUCUCCUGUUUCCUCAAAUAGCAGCAGGCGAAGAGUACAGCCCGCACCGACUGGUUGUUGGAGAUGGCAACCAAAGGCGGAAAAGAUCUACACCAACAUGAAGGUGCAGCUCUUCGUCGCGGCAUUGAUUGCAGGGAACUUCCUGUGUAACAUCAUCGAGAAAUGGAUCGACCCAGUCGGAACAGAGUAUCCAAGCCUCUUCUAUGGCUUUGAGACCUUCUUCAACACGAUGUUCUUCUUCGAAUUGUUGGUCAACAUGUACGCCUUUUGGUGCUGCCGCUUCUGGAAGUCGGGCUGGAACAUCUUCGAUUUUGUGGUGGUGGCCAUUGGCAUUCUCUCGGUUCUCAGAGUGGAACUCCCUGGACCGCUGAGCAUGCUACGCAUGAUGCGAGCGUUUCGCGUUUUUCGACUUUUCAAGAGAGUCAAGUCGCUGAACAAGAUCAUGGUUUCUUUAGCGAAGGCAGUUCCAGGAGUUGCCAAUGCAUUCUUCAUUUUGCUGCUGGUCAUGUCCAUCUAUGCUAUCAUAGCAGUGGACCUCUUCAAGGACUUUGGCAAAGGCUUCAAGUUCACCAACAUCAAAGGUAAAGAGGUGGAGCUGAUUACGAGUCGCAAGCAGGAAUAUGGCUUUGAAUAUUUUGGCAACUUCGGCAAAUCGCUGUACACCAUGUUCCAGGUCCUGACUUGUGAAUCCUGGUCAGAAGCUAUCGCUCGACCUUUGCUACACUGCAACAGUGUGGCGGAAGCCUUUGGCGUCGCGUUCUUUUUCGUCUCCUUUAUCAUUGUGAACGCCAUCGUGCUGAUCAAUGUGGUGGUUGCAGUUCUCCUGGAGAAGAUGGUGGAUGACACAGAGAAGAAGGCGGAUACUCAAGAGGAGGAACCGAUGGAGGACGAUGAAGUAGAACGCCUUGGGACGCAGGAGCUUGAGGAUAUUGCAGGCUUCGCUGCUGCCCAACCCAUGUGGCAACAGCCCAAUUCCGUGCAAGAAUUGCCAGUGCGGAAGAGCGAAACGGGUGGAGCGGUCUCCGGAGCAGCGCGCGGAUCGAAGGAUGGACUCUCAGCCUCUGUGAGGGUCGCCAACCUUAGAGCUGACCUGGACGCCAUGAAGGAAGACAUGGCUGUCAUUCAGGAAAGCUUGACGGUGGUGCUGAGCCUGCUGAGUGUGAAAUCCGAGGGGCCCAAGAACGGAGAGAAGUCCACUGGAAACUCGCCCAUGACUGAGCCCCUCCCAGACGACGAGCGAGGUCCACGGCAUACUGCAUUUUUUGACUCUGAUCGAGGACGAACGCAACCUUCCACCUUCCUGCCAGGGUCGAUGCGAUAAGAUUUUUCCGGAUACUAUAGACCGAGCUCACCUUUUCUGCAGUGCAGAUCUGGAGAGGGGGAGAAGGCCUGGCUGCAUGAAGAUUGGCAGCUGGAGAUUGGCUGCAUUCGCAGCUGGAGAUGGCCUGG